ACUUUUUCAAGAGGCAUGGGAUCAACACAUUGGAGUCAGAUGUGGAUUUGAAUUAUUUAAACCACUUUUAAAAAAUAAAUGUGACAUGCUUGUGUGUGAUCUUUCCAGAUUUCUGCCAUAGAACCGUUGAAUUCUAUGGAAGUUUGCAUGCAUGAUUGUUGUCUACAUUUUAAAAAGUAAUUAGACAUGGUUCAUGGCGCUGAACCUAAUAUUAUUCAAAUAGUCCAUGAACAUGAAAACCUUGGUCCGGGUCAAAGAUGUGCUUAUCAUACUUUGGUUGAAAGAAGUCAGUGGAAUCAAUUCUUCCAUAUACAAAGAUUUAACGGUCUAGCAGUAACUGAAUGAAGCUUGCUGUUUUGUACAUGGAUAUACUCUUUUGUCCAUGUUUUAUUCUAUUAUUUCCUUUUCCUUGUGAAUCUUAAUCAUAUCUGAAAAAUUAUUUGAUAUUUAAUUAAUGUAUUAGGAGGAAAAGGUGUAAAUCAAAUGAUGCUUUUUUCCUUACAAAUAUUAGUCAUGUCUAUAAAUGGCCUGUUCAACAGCAAUCAACUUCCUAAGAUAAUACAUUACAUUGCACUUUGCAUUAUGUGUUUUUCUCUCAUCUUUCUCGUUAUAUAUGUAUGAGUUUGAAGCUUUUCAGCUUAUCCAAUAAUGGCUCAGCUGGGAGGACCAGGUGAGAUAGAGGCUCUGCAAGUUGAGUUAGCAGAGAUUGGAAGAAGUAUAAGGUCUUCAUUUAGAAGCCAUGCCUUAAGUUUUGGGAGCAGUUCUGCUGUAAAGUCUGAACAUGAUAUUGAUGACAAUGAUGAAUAUGAGUUGCAAUGGGCUUCAAUUCAGAGACUACCCACUUUUGAGAGAAUUACUUCAGCUUUGUUUGAUGUUUAUGGUAGCACAGGUGCAGAUGAAGAUGCUAAAGGGAAACACAUGGUUGAUGUUACCAAACUUGGAGCUCAAGAAAGGCAUAUUUUUGUAGAGAAGCUUAUCAAACACAUCGAAAAUGAUAACCUCCGGUUAUUGCAAAAGCUUAGAAGGAGAAUUGACAAAGUUGGAGUAAAAUUGCCUACUGUUGAAGUGAGAUAUGAGAAUCUCUGUGUAGAUGCAGAGUGUGAGGUAGUUCAUGGCAAGCCCCUCCCCACUCUCUGGAACACCCUAAAAAGCACGAUUUCAGGCCUUGCCAAGCUUCCAGGUUCAAAAACUCAACAAGCCAAGAUAAGCAUCAUCAAAGAUGUCAGUGGCAUUAUUAAGCCCGGAAGGAUGACUUUAUUGCUUGGCCCUCCAGGAUGUGGCAAAACUACACUAUUGUUGGCUCUGUCAGGAAAGCUAAGUCAUUCUCUAAAGGUUAGUGGGGAAAUAUCUUACAAUGGCUAUUUGCUGGAAGAAUUUGUUCCUCAGAAAACAGCGGCAUAUGUAAGCCAACAUGACCUGCAUAUUCCAGAGAUGACUGUAAGGGAAACACUUGAUUUCUCUGCAUGCUGUCAGGGUGUAGGAAGCCGAGUUGACAUUAUCAAGGAAGUCACACAAAGGGAGAAGCAGGAAGAGAUUAUCCCAGAUCCUGAUGUAGAUGCUUACAUGAAGGCAGUAUCAGUUAAGGGUUUGAAGACUUCCCUUCAGACAGACUACAUCCUAAAGAUCCUUGGUAUCGAUAUCUGCACAGACACUUUGGUUGGAGAUCAUGUAAGAAGAGGCAUAUCUGGUGGUCAAAAGAAAAGGUUGACCAUAGGUGAGAUGAUUGUGGGACCAACAAAAGCCCUAUUUAUGGAUGAAAUAUCAAAUGGCUUAGACAGUUCCACCACUUUCCAGAUUGUUUCUUGCCUUCAGCACUUGGCACAUAUCAUUGACGCCACUGCAUUGAUUUCACUUCUUCAGCCUGCACCAGAGACCUUUGAUCUCUUUGAUGACAUUAUCUUGAUGGCAGAAGGGAAGAUUGUGUAUCAUGGUCCACGCACUUGUGUUCUCAAAUUCUUUGAGGAUUGUGGGUUUAAGUGUCCAGACAGGAAAAGUGCUGCUGACUUCCUUCAGGAGGUUAUCUCUAGUAAAGAUCAAGCACAGUAUUGGCACAAAACAGAUCAACCCUACAGUUAUGUUUCUGUUGAUCAGUUUGCUAAAAUAUUCAAAGAUUCCCAUCUCAGCCACAAGUUAGAUGAGGAGCUCUCUAAGCCAUUUGAUAAGUCUCACAGCCACAGGAACGCUCUAUCCUCUAGACCAUACUCAUUAACUAAAUGGGGACUUUUUAAAGCUUGUACAAGGAGGGAAUUUCUUCUCAUGAGAAGGAAUUCUUUUAUUUAUGUAUUCAAAUCAACACAGUUAGUCAUCAUUGCUUCAAUAACAAUGACUGUUUUCCUUCGAACUGAAAUGGCCGUUGACUCAACCCAUGCAAAUUAUUAUAUGGGGUCAUUAUUCUAUGCGCUCCUCAUUCUUCUUGUUGAUGGAUUUCCAGAACUUCCCAUGACCGUCUCAAGACUUGCAGUUUUCUACAAACAAAAAGAUUUGUUCUUUUAUCCUGCUUGGGCUUAUGCAAUUCCUUCUGCCAUCCUAAAAGUUCCGUUAUCAUUCUUGGAAGCUUUUGUCUGGACAGCUCUUACAUACUAUGUCAUUGGGUACAGCCCUGAGGUUGGAAGGUUCUUCCGCCAGUUCCUUCUACUCUUGACUGUGCAUCUAAUGUCAAUAUCCAUGUUCAGAUUUAUUGCCUCACUCUUCCAAACUGUGGUUGCUUCUAUGACAGCUGGUAGCCUGUCCAUAAUAGUUGUUUUAUUAUUUGGUGGCUUUGUUAUCCCAAAAUCCUCUAUGCCUGCUUGGUUGGAGUGGGGAUUUUGGAUUUCUCCUUUGUCAUAUGGGGAGAUAGGCCUCACUGUGAAUGAAUUCCUUUCUCCUCGAUGGGAAAAGAAUCUGUCUGUAAACACUACUCUUGGGCAACAAGCACUAGAAAGUCAUGGAUUAAACUUUGACGGUUAUUUUUAUUGGAUAUCAAUCGCUGCCUUAACUGGGUUCACAGUACUAUUUAAUGUUGGUUUUACCUUGGCAUUAACUUUCUUAAAGUCUCCAGGAAAGUCUCGUGCUCUUAUUUCUUAUGAAAAGCACUCUCAACUUCAAGGAAAAAAAGACAGCCACAACAAUUUAAGUAGAGACCAGACACCAACUGGUGCUUCUCCUAAAACUACUUUAGAACCUAGAAAGGGAAGGAUGAUUCUACCUUUUGAGCCCUUAACUGUAACAUUUCAUGACAUGCAGUAUUAUGUUGAUACCCCUUUGGAAAUGCGAAGGCAUGGUUUUACGCAGAAAAAGCUCCAGCUUCUUUCUGACAUUACAGGUGCAUUCAGACCAGGCAUUCUGACAGCUUUGAUGGGUGUCAGUGGAGCAGGGAAAACAACUCUUAUGGAUGUUCUUUCUGGAAGGAAAACCAGUGGUACCAUUGAAGGAGAGAUUAGAAUUGGUGGGCACCCAAAGGUUCAAGACACAUUUGCUAGGAUAUCGGGUUACUGUGAGCAAACAGAUAUACAUUCUCCACAAAUUACUGUAGAAGAAUCAGUGGUAUAUUCUGCUUGGCUGCGGCUCUCAUCUCAGAUUGAUUCAUAUACUAAAGCAGAAUUCAUAAAUGAAGUACUUGAAACUAUUGAGCUUGAUGGGAUCAAGGAUUCUUUAGUAGGAAUUCCAGGUGUUAGUGGUUUGUCAACUGAGCAGCGUAAACGGCUGACUAUAGCUGUGGAGCUUGUGGCCAAUCCUUCUAUCAUAUUCAUGGACGAACCAACUUCAGGUUUAGAUGCAAGGGCAGCUGCAAUUGUUAUGAGAGCAGUCAAGAAUAUUGUUGAAACAGGACGAACAGUUGUGUGCACCAUCCACCAACCAAGUAUUGAUAUCUUUGAGGCAUUUGAUGAGUUGGUUCUAAUGAAAAAUGGAGGCCACAUAAUUUAUUUUGGCUCACUAGGGCAGCACUCAAGUCAGGUUAUUGAGUACUUUGAGAUUAUCCCUGGGGUGCCUGCUAUUAAAGACAAUUAUAAUCCAGCAACAUGGAUGCUAGAAGUUACUUCAAAAUCUGCUGAAGCUGAACUUGGUGUAGAUUUUGCACAAAUUUAUAGGGGGUCCACCUUAUAUGAGCAAAACAAAGAGUUGGUUAAGCAAUUGAGUUCACCAUCCACUGGUUCAAGGGAAUUGCAUUUUCCUACCCGCUUUCCACAAACUGGUUGGGAGCAGUUCAAAGCGUGCUUAUGGAAGCAACACUUGUCCUAUUGGCGAAGUCCUUCAUACAAUUUGAUGCGCUUUAUUUUGCUGUCUGCCUCGUCUCUUCUGUUUGGAAUACUGUUCUGGAAGAGAGGAGAGAAAAUAAACACCCAGCAGGACAUCUUCAAUGUCCUUGGUUCAAUGUUCACUGCAGUUGUCUUCUUUGGCAUAAACAAUUGCUCAACGGUUCUGCCUAUCGUUGCAACAGAGCGGACUGUUUUGUACCGAGAAAGAUUUGCAGGAAUGUACUCUUCAUGGGCCUAUUCAUUGGCACAGGUGUUAAUUGAGGUUCCCUACUUGUUCACUCAAGCAGUUCUCUACGUGAUCAUCACAUACCCUAUGAUUGGUUUAUACUGGUCAGCCUAUAAGAUAUUCUGGUCAUUCUACAGCAUGUUCUGUACGCUGCUAUACUUCAAUUACCUAGGAAUGCUUCUGGUCUCAUUGACACCAAAUGUUCAGGUGGCUUCCAUUGUAGCUUCAUCUUCCUACACAAUGCUGAAUUUGUUCUCUGGGUUCAUUGUACCAAGACCUCAUAUUCCAAAGUGGUGGCUUUGGUUGUAUUAUUUAUGUCCCACAUCUUGGGCACUGAAUGGUAUGCUGACUUCGCAAUAUGGAGAUAUAGACAAAGAAAUAUCAGCAUUUGGAGAGACAACAACAGUUUCUGCUUUCUUAGAGGACUACUUUGGGUUUCAUCACAAUCUUUUAGGUGUUGUUGCUGUUGUUCUUAUUAUCUUCCCCAUUGUCUUUGCCUCUCUUUUUGCAUACUGUAUUGGGAAACUGAACUUCCAAAGGAGGUAAAUGUGGUCAAGAUGUAUUCUUAUUCCACACAUAUGGAUGUUACAAUUG